GGGGAAAACUCACUUACCACAUCAGUUCAUAGUAGUUCUUCCCGCCAUGGUGGCAGAGCUAGAGCAGUUGGAGCACGAAUGUGAAGCACCUGUACCUGAGGAAAGGGACAUCCUGGCUCGCAACAGUUCCGACCUUUUUGACGACAAGGAAAGAACCGAUGAUUUGGUGGACUGGCUCUCACAGAUCAAAUUGACAGAUGAAAGGUUCCUGCGGGCAACGCCAGCAUAUCGUGUGGUCGAGUGUGCUGGAAGGCCCUUGCGAAGGAGUCAUGGUGAUCAUUUUAGGCACAGCCAAGCCGUGGCAGAGAUCAGCAAAUUCAUUUCGCAUAGUUGGCAAGCAUCCGCGUGGUCCAAAAUAUGGACCUUGCUUGUAUAUUACAACUGGGUUGCUGCUGUGCUCAUUGGAAACCUUGUGGCUUGUGUCGCUAUGAUACUUUUCACGUAUGACUUGCUGCCAGGUUUUACCCGAGUGCAGCGUUUCAGCACAGAACCCACCUUUCAAGGAGCUUGGAGCUUGUCGCUGGGGCUGAUCAGCUAUGUCUCUGUCUUGCUUCUUCGCCGUCCUCGUGAGGGAGUUUUUCUGGAUCGAUGCUGCGUGAAUCAGGUCGAUGACGCAGAGAAAAUGGAGGGGCUCAUCAACAUGUGUGCUUGCCGCAAGCACUCCAAGAAGUUGUUGGUCAUCUGGGAUCAGACCUAUUGCCGCAGGCUGUGGUGCAUUUUUGAAAUGGCUGCAUUUCUCAAGACCCAUUCGCUGGGUGGCUUGCUCGUCCAGCCGCUCUAUAUGGCUUCCUUUGUUCUUGCAUGCAAUCUAGUGAAUACGAUGGCCAUGUGCGUUGACUUGGUGCUCCCCUAUGAGAGCCAUUUCACCGUUUAUAUGUAUAUUCUGGGAUUGUGUGCUUAUGCAUGGCUAGCUGGUACAGCUGUGGUGCACUUCUCCGAGAGUGUGACUACCGCGGAGCAACAGUUGAUGACAUUCAAGGUUGCAAAUGCUCAGUGCUAUUGUUGCUUUGUGGGUCACCAGGUGAAUGGUGGAGAACUGCAGUGUGAUCGCAAAGUCAUUCUGCAAUGCCUUCAGCAUUGGUUCAGCUCCAUCCAGGAAUUCGAGAAGAAUGUGCAGAACAGGGUGAGGAAGGCUUUGACACAUCAGUUGGGGAGUGCAUUGUACCUCUACCACUUGUCGAUGGUGGGAAAUUUACCGCUCCUUUGGGCUCAGAUGGACAAAGCGAGCGCCAGGUUACGCCAAGGUGAUGCUGAGGGUGCUCUUGCUGCAGGCAUCAUUGGUUCCUGUGGCCUCGUGAUUUUCACGCCAAUGUGCAUUGCGGUGGUUCUCCUUACUGUGAGAUCUUUGAGAUAUGCCUUCCCGGCCUCUUAUUGUACUUUCAAGCGCCUAGCGGGGGUCCUAGCCUUUCUGGUCAUGCAGCUGAUGAUUCACAGCACUUUGGAGCUGAUGGUCGUUUCUGCAGGCCUCCUGCCUGGGGCAGCUCUGUGGUCCGGCAUUUGGCUCUUGCCCAGCCUCCUGCUGUCCUGGUGUGCCAGCAGGCUGAACUUCCAACGAGGAGCGGAACGCCAAGAAGCCGCGUAAGCAAGUGGCUACACAGGCUACACACCAGACAGCAGUCGCAUCGGCCAGGCUGUGUGCUGGCGUAAAAACCAUCGAACCUCGUUUCACGGAAAGGAGGGGCAUCGCCCCAUGAAGCGAGAAAAAGCAC